AUGAGCCUGGAGCCCCCCAAGCUGGAGCUCAAAUCGGCCACCAGGGUGACCGGGGGUCCUGCCACUCCCCGCAAGGGACCCCCCAAGUUCAAGCAGAGGCAGACGAGGCAGUUCAAGAGCAAACCCCCCAAAAAGGGGGUGCAAGGGUUCGGUGACGACAUCCCAGGCAUGGAGGGGUUGGGAACAGACAUCACUGUCAUCUGUCCCUGGGAAGCCUUCAGCCACCUGGAGCUGCAUGAGCUGGCUCAGUACGGAAUCAUUUAG